UGGAGAUGUUGUUAUACAAAGAAGUCGUCCGACGACGUUCCUGUGAAACAGUUCUGAGCACUGCAACAACUUUCUACAACUUUCUUCAAUCAAAACCAAGCAACUUCCGCACCCUCUCACAGCAACAUGUCGCCUCAUUUCCGACCACAACAGCCACACAACCGAUCGGAAGUUAGACUUAAAAACGUGAACACGAUUCGUCAGGAAAGCAAAGAGGCCAGCCAAUGGCAGAUGAACCUUAAACGACCCACUAACCAACCAUCUGCAAUCUUCAGGUCAGCCAACCAAUUAAAUUACUCAUUAUCUGUUUAUCCGUCCAGUAAAAGCAACGCAAGCGGUGGAAUAUUUUUGCGCCGAAGUUCACUUUUGUCAAAUUCGGAAUCGUUCAACAUCAACAGCAUGAACAAUAACAUUCCACUAUACGAGAAACUGAAGAUGCCCGCCUCGCUCGCCAUCAUCAUCAUCGCCGCCAUUUUCUUUUCAAUCACCGUCACAACGACUGCUCUAUUAGGUCUUGUUUGCCGGAAGCGGAAGCGAAGAAUCAACAAAAGAUCGAUAAUCGUUUCCGCGGACAAAAAGUCCACUAACGAUGUUAAUGACGCCGAUGGCGACGAAGGAGAUGUGGAGAAUGAGGGAGAGGAUGACAGGAAUGGAGAAAGUGAUUAUGAAUGCAACGUGCAUUCCACGUCAUCGUCAUCAUCAUCAUCAUCAUCAUCAUCAUCUACAUCGUCGUCGUUAUCAUCGUCUCCUUCGUUUGACUGGCUGUACAGGCACAAUCUCCAACGCGACGACGAAUGUUGCCACAGCAACGAUCAGUCGUGGAUGGCGGGGCAGGGUUGCCAUGCCAACCACUUCCCGUGGAAUUAUGACGUCAGCAACUUCCACCUCAUCAAUCAGCUUUCAAACAACAACAUUGAGGCAGUAGAAACUUUCCACAACAACAUUAACACCAAAAACGACAAUUACAACAGCAACAUCAUCAACAACUACAACUACACCGACGAAAAUUUCGAUGGCAAUAAUUACAACAUCGAUACAGACAUCAACAGAGUUACUCAACAAUCAAAAUUUUCUUGUUUCAACAAAUUGAUGUUCACUUGUGCACACAACAACAUCAAUAACAACAUUAACAACAACAUUAACAACAACAUUAAAAACAGCAACACGUUACCAUUAACGCCGGCAAUUGAAAACAUAGCAGCCACAAAAACCAUAAAAAAUAGCAAUUCAUAUCAAAAAUUAAGAAAUCAUUACUUUAAGAAAAUAUUCAAGAGUUCCAAACGCUAUGAAGUCUCAACAGGCUCUGAAAAAACGAACAACGACAGCAUGAGCAAUCUUCUCGAUAAUUCAAGCAAACAACAACACAACAACAACGACAGCAACAACCGUGAACAACUUUACAGAGCACUAAGUUAUGAUGGAGAUGAAGUUGAACCCGAAGAAGUCAAUUUCGAAGGUGAGGACAAUGACAAUAAUGACGAUGAUGAUGCAAAAUAUAGAUGUGGUUACUGCUAUAAUGACAACAACAACACCAAUAACAACAACAACAUCCAUAACAACAACAACAUCCAAAACAACGACACGCGUAACAACAUUGUGACAGUUCUUGACGAUGACGACGACGAGAGUAACUCAAAAAGAAAUGAUGAUGGAGAAGAUGAUGAUGGUGGAGAGGAUGAAGAUGAUGAUGGAGAAGAUGAUGAACUGUCGUGGGAUUCCGGUAGUUUCGAUACCGUGGUCACGGUUGUGAGUUUACAGAAAAAUGGAAAAACCAAUCUGCCAAACAAAACUGAAAUUGAAACUAAGAAAAAUUACAAAAACACCAACAACAGCUGUUGUGCAAUUUUUGACGAUCACGUGGUACAAAAUGGAGUCAGCAACAACGUUAACAAUGAUAAUGGGAAUGAUGAUAAUUAUGACGAUAACGGCGAUGAUGAUGAUGGUGAUUGUAAAACCAGAACCACAGAUUGUGCCAAUAAAGACGAUGAUAGCGAAUACGAUGUUCCUGAUUAUGAUGACGAUGGUAAUGAUGACAAUGGUGAUGAUGACGAUGGUAAUGAUAAUGACGAUGAAAAGAUGCGUAUACUAAACUAAUGAAUGCCAGUGCUUAAACUCUAUGAACUGACAGUACCAACACUCACAUCAUCACAAGAAAUCGUAAUUAUCAUCAUCAUCGUUAUAAGUGUUUAUUCAUUAUUUUUUAAUUAAAUAAUUAAUUAAUUUAUUAAUUAAUGUCAUCAUCAUCAUCAUCGUCAUCAAGAACACAACACUGCAAAGAAUAUGCAUUUUUCACUUUUCUACUCAUUUGUUAUCAUCGUUGGGUAGUUGCUUAUCAGCGUUUAAUUAAUUAACAAAUUGGAUAUAAUUAAAUUAGAAAUCCUGAUUAAUUAAUUCGUUUAAUAAUGAAUUAAUUAACUACAAUGAAUAUAAGUAAAUUAGAAAUCAUAAUCAAUUAAUUACAAUGAUUACAAUUUAAUUGAUUUAUUUAAUCAAUUAAUUAAUCAAUGAACUUCAGGACCUGAAA